CGUCUGUUCCUAAAUAUAUUAUAAGUAAAAGGCUACCAAUUCUUCUGCAUCUUUAAUGUCCAUUUACUUAUCAAGUUUACUGGCUUUUACUAAAUAACGUAAUAGUAUAAGGCCGCUAGUCUUCUGUUUUAUUUUGGCCCGUUACUUGGAUUGUUAAUGAUAGUAAUUAAACGACUUAAGAGUAAAAGGCCUAAUUUCUUCUGUGUUUAUUGACCUUUUACUUAUAUAGUAACUGCUUAUUCGAAAUAUCACAAAUAAUUAAAGGCCAAAAUAAAAUUUUUAAAACUUACAAGAAGAAGAGAUUAACCGUUUAGAUUUUAGAAAAUCAUAUUUCUCUAUUCAAAAAAAUGGAUUUAAUAUGGAUUUUUCUCAUAAAAAACAUUCAAUAAGUCUACAUGUGGUAAUUUGUAAAUUAAAAAAUUAAUUUUGAUAUUAAACACAUCACAACGAUACCAAUGCCGGCAAGAUGGACGAAGAUGAUUAUAUACUCAAAUUGAAUAGAAUAGAACAAAAUAUACAAGAAUUGCAGCGUAAAAAAGCACAAAUCAUCAGCAAACUAAAAAUUCUAGAAACUGAAAAAGAGGAUCUUCAGAAUAACUACAAAUUAGCAAAAAUAAGGUCUAGUAAAAACGAGCCAGAAUGGGUAAAUAAAAAAUUCGAUUGGUCUGAUGAAAUAUUCAAAGUGUUAAAAGAAAAAUUUAAAUUUGAUAAUUUCCGUCAAAAACAGCUUGCUGCCGUUAACAGCACUCUUGCAAACAAAGAUGUCUUAUUACUUAUGCCCACGGGAGGUGGAAAAAGUUUAGUUUACCAGUUAACAGCAUAUAUUAGCAAAGGCCUAACACUGGUUGUGUCACCAUUAAUUUCUCUUAUCGAUGACCAAUUGAGAGCUCUGAAAGAAAUUGGAAUUGGUGCAGCUUCUAUAAAUUCAAAUACCUCUAAAGAUGAAAGAAAAUAUGUUCAUAAUGAAAUGACAAAUCCUGGAUCUGAAAUGAAGUUAUUAUAUGUGACACCAGAAUGGGUAGCUAAGAGUAAACAGUUCAUGUCUUAUUUACAAAAGUGUUUUGAUAAGAAUCUUUUAGCCAGAAUUGUUAUUGAUGAGGUUCAUUGUUGUUCUACAUGGGGACAUGAUUUUCGGCCAGAUUACAAUCACUUAGGUUUAUUUAAGACAAUGUUUGUUGGUGUUCCUAUUAUUGGGUUAACAGCUACAGCUACAAUGAAUAUACUGGUUGAUAUUCAAAAAAUGUUAAGCCUAGAAGAUGCAGUGAUAAUCACUGCUCCAUUUAAUAGACCAAACCUUUAUUAUAAGGUGGUAAGUAAACCUAGUGAGAAAAGUGAAUGCCUAAAACUUUUAUCAAAAUGGUUAUCAACAAAAUAUAAGAACAAAUCUGGUAUAAUUUACACAUCAACAAUUAAAGAAACUGAAGAAAUAUGUACUGAUCUAAGGCAAUAUGGUUUGAAAGUAAAAUUUUAUCAUGCUCAAAUGGAAAGGGCAGAUAGAAAAACAGUACAUGACCGUUGGAUGAAAAACCAUUAUCAGGUUAUAAUUGCUACCAUUGCUUUCGGCAUGGGUAUAGAUAAACCUGAUGUACGUUUUGUUAUUCAUUAUUCUGCACCGAGAAGCAUGGAAGCUUUUUAUCAAGAGAGUGGAAGAGCUGGCAGAGAUGGUCAAUCAGCCGACUGUGUUCUAAUGUUUAACCUAACAGAUUAUAUAAAAACUGCCGCCAUGUCCACAAACAAAACAGAAGAAAGAAAUGCCAAAUCCGUCUUACAUUAUUGUAUGGAGCAGUCUAGGUGUAGAAGAGCUUUAAUAGCAGAACAUUUUGAAGAUACCUGGCGACAGACUGACUGUUCGAAAAUGUGUGAUCAUUGUUUACAUCGAAAAUCAGUAUCGCACUAUAAUAUUACCGAGAGUCUAUUAGAUAUAACGAAAAUAAUUGAAGUAGCCAGUAGUAAAGAAGUAAAAGUCACGUUAAACAAAUUAAUCAAUGCCUGGUUUCAAUCUGGAAAUAAAGAAAUCAGGCCUCCGAACUUAAAGUUGCCCAAAUGUCCAAAACAAGUGGGAGAACAUAUUAUUGGGUAUCUUAUUUCUAAAGAAUAUUUUGUUAUAGAGAAAGGUUAUACCCUUUAUACAACAUUGGGAUAUAUACAGAGAGGUAUUAAGAUCGUUAAUAAAACUACCGAAGUCUUAAUGCCUUACAAAUAUGAAAUAAAUUUUCCUGUUUCUAAAACAAAAGAAGCUGAUAGUAAGAUUGAUGAUGAUGUUGGUGAUGAUGUAAUUGAAAUUUCAGAUGAUACGCAAGGAGAACCUUCAGGAAAAAAACGAAAACUUGACAUUCACUAGGAUUACUUAAAACGUUUAUAAUUUAUUUUUCAUUAAUAAAAAGUUCGUUAAU